AUGUUACCGACAAUUUCAGUGCUUGCAGAAAAUACCUUGCCGAAGACCGCUUGCCAAGUCUUGAGUGGCGACAUCCACGGGCAGUUCUCGGACCUGCUCCGGCUGUUCGACUACGGCGGGCUGCCGCCGACGGCCAACUACCUGUUCCUGGGCGACUACGUGGACCGUGGCAAGCAGAGCAUCGAGACCAUCUGCCUGCUGCUGGCGUACAAGAUCAAGUUCCCGGACAACUUCUUCCUGCUGCGGGGCAACCACGAGUGCGCCUCCAUCAACCGCAUCUACGGCUUCUACGACGAGUGCAAGCGCCGCUUCAGCGUCCGCCUUUGGAAGCUCUUCACCGACUGCUUCAACUGCCUCCCCGUGGCGGCGCUCAUCGACGAGAAGAUCCUCUGCAUGCACGGCGGCCUCUCCCCGGACCUCGACAGCCUCGACCGGAUCGCCGAGAUCCAGCGCCCCGUCGACGUGCCCGACCAGGGCCUCCUCUGCGACCUCCUCUGGUCCGACCCCGACCGCGAGAGCCCCGGCUGGGGCGAGAACGACCGCGGCGUCUCCUUCACCUUCGGCGCCGAUAAGGUCGCCGAGUUCUUGAACAAGCACGACCUCGACCUCAUCUGCCGCGCCCACCAGGUUGUGGAGGACGGGUACGAGUUCUUCGCGGACCGGCAGCUGGUCACCAUCUUCUCUGCGCCCAACUACUGCGGCGAGUUCAACAACGCCGGCGCGCUGAUGAACGUCGACGCCAGCCUGCUCUGCUCCUUCCAGAUCCUCAAGCCCUUGAGAGCCAAAGCACAGACGGACUAA